AUGACUGGUGCCAAGCCUAUCUCUACACCUCUACCAGCAAAUUCCUCACUGACAAAGGUUGGAACACCCUUCUCAAAUGCCACACUAUACCACCAGACUGUUGGGGCUCUUCAGUACCUCACCAUUACUAGGCCUGAUCAAUCCUAUGCAGUCAAUAAGGUUUGUCAGUUCAUGUACACUCCUACGACUGACCACUGGAAUGCAGUGAAACAGAUAUUAUGGUAUGCCAAAGCCACCAUUCAUCAUGGCCUUCUCCUCAAACACAACUCAUCAACUCACUUGCAUGACUACUUUGAUGCAGACUGGGCUGGUUGUCCAGAUGACCACAAGUCCACUGGGGCCUAUGCUAUCUUCCUUGGCCGAAAUUUGAUUGCUUGGAGUUCAAAGAAACAACCCACUGUAGCUUGA